UCAAGAGCCGGAAACAAAACAACUUUGUCAUGUGAUUUCUGCCCUUAGUAUGUAGCUGUUAGGUGUAAAGUCGAUUUAAAUAAAGCUCCAAGAAGUUGCCAAGCCGUCUACACAAGACGAGAAUAAAGUGGCUGUCAUGGCUGAUGAUCUGAAGCGAUACCUGUACAAGCAGCUGCAGAGUGUUGAAGGUCUUCAUGCGAUUGUAGUGACAGACAGAGAUGGUGUCCCGGUUAUUAAAGUCGCCAAUGACAACGCCCCCGUCCACGCUCUGAGACCGGGCUUCUUGUCCACUUUUGCUUUGGCCACAGAUCAGGGCAGCAAGCUGGGCCUCUCCAAGAACAAGAGCAUCAUCUGCUACUACAACACCUACCAGAUUGUGCAGUUUAACCGGUUACCUUUGGUCAUCAGCUUCAUUGCAAGCAGCAACGCCAACACAGGCCUCAUCAUGAGUCUGGAGAAGGAGCUGGCUCCACUAAUAGAGGAGCUGAGGCAGGUGGUGGAGGUGACAUAAACUCUGCCCGACCCCCUGAUCCCGAUCCACAGCGGAAACAUCCGGAUCACACCCAGCUCCCUUAAUCUCUCUGUCUCUGACGGUGCAUUCAAGUCACGUGGGGAAACCUGUGUACAACUCCAAGUAAUGGAUAUCGUUUGAACUGUACACAUCAUGAUUGAAUCUUCCAGUAUUCUUUUUUUUUUUUUUCUUCUGUUGACUUUCUUUUCGGCUCAUUUCUGUGGAGUGUUAGUUCUCUUCAUGAGCGUUUCCACAGCUGAGGCAGAGUUUGUGUCCAAUCAAAUGUCCACAAGUCUGAAUAAAUGUAUCAUGUUUAGCACCUAA